GCGGGUGUCGGGGCCUCGCGGGAGCUGUGGGCUCGUAGGGGCUGCGGCUGCCGCGGGGCUGGGCGGCGGUACAGCGGUGCCGUGGGGCGGGGAGCGCGGGGGCCGGGAGGCGAUGGGGGAUGCUCCGUGUGCCGCGCGGAGCCGGGGCCAGCGGGGGCUGUCGCCAUGGGGGCGCUUGGGAUGGGGGCAGCGGGGGAAGCCGCUGGUCUGGAGGGGCCGGGGUGCUGCGGGGCAGGGAGAGCCGCUGCUGGGAGCUGGGUGCUGCGGGGCUGCCGGCGUGGGCAGCCUUUGGGGAUGGGGCGGAAUACCGGAGGGCGCCGUGGCGCUGUGGGGCCGGCGCUGCCGAGCCACCGGAGGGUGCCACAGGGCUGCCGGACCUGGCAGCGUCAGGCCUCGCCCUUGCUGGGGUGGGGCCAAAGGCAAGGAUCCGCUGCCCCCGGCUGUGGUGUUGCCGCUGCUCCUGUCUGUGCUGGUGGCUGCUGUCCCGUUCCGUGGGCUCGGUGCCCCGCUGGGAUGUGGGGACGGCCAUGGACAGGGCGAGGGCUGGAUCGCAGUGCCUGGCUGGGCAGGGGAGAGCUGUGUGGCUCUACCGGAGACUCCUCUCUGUGGUUGUGCUGCUGUCUUCAGGGAGCUGCUCCACCGCCACCAGCGCGCCAGGGAGGGGAAACCCUUCCCGAGGGACAGCCAGGCAGCAGGGUGGCCUGCCCACGCCGAGCUCCUGUCCCCGCAGGCGCGGCGCGGCGGGGAUGAGGAGCCGGCAGCGGAUGUUUGCCGCGGCGAUGCGCCUGCUCCUCAAGUGCCUGCGGCUGGGCCGGCGGCGGCGCUUCAAGCUGCUGCGGCACGUGGAGCAGCUGUGGCACUACGGGCACCUCUGCCUGCGCUCCCUGCUCUACAACUCCUUCACCAACGGCGACGUGGUGCUUGACUCUCUCUUCGAGCCGGUCUACUGGCUGGUGGACCAUGUCACCCGGUGGUUUGGUGUGGUGUUUGUGGCACUGGUGAUUGGGCUGACGAGCUCUAUUGUGGCCAUCGUGUACAUCUGCCUGCUGCCCCUCAUCCUGCAGACCUACACACCUGCCUGGAUAUGCUGGCACCUCGCCUAUGGACACUGGAACCUCAUCAUGAUUGUCUUCCACUAUUACAUGGCUAUCACCACUUCACCGGGGCACCCACCACAGGCCAAGAACGACCUCACUGGUGUGUCCAUCUGCAGGAAAUGCAUUGCCCCUAAGCCAGCUCGCACCCAUCACUGCAGCAUCUGCAACAGGUGUGUGCUGAAGAUGGACCACCACUGCCCCUGGCUAAACAACUGUGUGGGACACUACAACCACCGCUACUUCUUCUCUUUCUGCUUGUUCAUGACCAUGGGCUGCAUUUACUGCAGCAUCAGCGGCUGGGAGAUGUUCCGGGAUGCCUACGCAGCCAUUGAGAGAAUGAAACUGCUUGAGAAGGAGAGACUGCAGGUGGCUGCCAACCAGACAUACUACCAGACCCCACCACCCACCUUCUCCUUCCGCCAGAGAGCUUUCCACAAGAGCGUGGUCUACCUCUGGGUCCUGUGCAGCUCGGUUGCACUGGCCCUGGGCGCCCUGACGCUGUGGCACGCUGCCCUCAUUACCCGCGGGGAAACGAGCAUCGAACGGCACAUCAACAGAAAGGAGAGGCAGAGACUGCAGAAGAAAGGCAAGGUGAGCACAGCCCACGGCACGGGGGCUGGCUGGGGCAGAGCCAGACGUGAUGUGCCUCUCCCUGUCCUGCAGGUCUUCAGGAACCCCUACAGUUACGGCAGCUGGGAUAAUUGGAAGGUGUUCCUAGGUGUGGAUGUGCCAAGGCACUGGCUCACCCGUGUCCUGCUGCCCUCUCCUCACCUGCCGCACGGGACAGGCCUGAGCUGGGACCUGCCUCCCUGCGUGACAGAGCAACGCACACCACUCCUGGCAAUCUGAGGCUCCGUGCUCUGGACAUUCCUUCUUCCACAGGCAGGGGAGUGCGUGGGGAACCCACUCCACCACUGCAGCUUCCUAUGGCCAAAGUGCCUGGCAGAAGGCUGGCACAUAUCACUGACUGGAGCCAGAGCCAUGGGAAACUCUGUGGACAGUGCUGGUGCCUGGACACUUGCCCUCUUGGCUCUUGGUGGCUGCAGGCAGCCCAGGGCGAGGUGGCAGAGCUGCUGCUCCCUGCUCCAGCUGGACGGUGCUGCCCUCAUGAGCACAGGUACGGGCCAGCAUUGGCCCAGCUCUGCUCUCUGACGGGCUGGGGGCAGAGGAUGGCACCCCCAAGUGCCCCCCGGAGAGUCUUUUUAAGACCACCUACUAAAUACUGGUUUUUUUAA